GGUGCGUAUGCGCGUAAACAAAAGCACAUUGUCGGCGUCUCCGGCUGCAGUCUGCCAGCAGUGAAGCCAGCAGUCGCCUUCCGCCGGUGUCUGCAGACGGACAGAGGACUCCCCCCCCCCCACCGGUCACAGCCACAGCUUCAGCCGAGAUGGGAUUCCCUUUCACCUCCACACGCUGGAUGCGCGCUUAAGGCAAAGUGGCAAAUGAUCGUGGGAAACACGAUCCAUCCCGAUGCAUUCCACUUUUGUCUGCGCGUAAGGAGUCGUUUCAACAAGUGGACAUUUCAGCCAAACCGAAACCGGUGCGCAAAGAUCUUUCCAAUUGGACUUUUACGCUCGGGGAUGCCGUGCGUCCAGACCCAGUGCGGCUCCUCUCCGCAGGGAGCCAGCCCGGCCUGCCAGGGCUCCGGGGGUGGCGGCGGGGGGGGGGAGCGCAGCUGCGACUUCCUCACGCCGGAGUUCGUCAAGUUCAGCAUGGACCUGACGAACAGCGAGGUGUCCGCCGCCACGUCCGGCCCCAGCUUCGGCCCCAGCUUCGCGGACGGCUUUGGCUACGACUCCAAACCGCCGCCGUGUCUGUUCCAGAUGCCGCUCCAGGGGGAGCCCGGACCGUGCGUAAAGGCGGAGGACGCGCGCGGGUGCCCGCGUUACGCGCCCGCGCAGCAGCAGCAGCAGCAGCAGCCCCCGGACGAGCUCCUGUCCCCCCCCGGCUCCCUCUACUACUACCACCACCACCAUCACCACCACCACCAUCGCUCCCCUUCGCCGCGCGCCUCCAUCACAACAAACUUCCAGACCCCGGCGGGUCACGUGUGGGAGGACUCCGGCCACCUGUACGGUUUCCGCCAGGACUAUUUGGCAGCGGCGGCGCACAGGAAAAACGCGCUCUCCAGGUUUUCCCUCUUUUCCCUGAAGCCUGGGAGCCAGAGCCUGUCCGCGUGCCAGAUGAAAUUCGACGGAUCCGUGAAUCUGGACGCGCACCAGCCGCUGGACAGUUCCUCCGUGCUGGGCUCCCCGCCCGGCCUCCAGGGGCGGACAGAGGGGUUCCCCCACCCGCUCCACCUCGCCCACGGACACCACUUCGUGGAGUUCCAGACCCCCCCCGGGGGCGACAGGGGCCCGCUGAGCUCCGAGGGGCUGUGCGCGGUGUGCGGGGAUAACGCCGCGUGCCAGCACUACGGCGUGCGCACGUGCGAGGGCUGCAAGGGCUUCUUCAAGCGCACGGUGCAGAAGAACGCCAAAUACGUGUGUCUGGCGGCCAAAAGCUGCCCGGUGGACAAGCGCCGCAGGAACCGCUGCCAGUACUGCCGCUUCCAGAAGUGUCUGACCGUGGGGAUGGUCAAAGAAGUGGUCAGGACGGACGGCCUGAAGGGCAGAAGGGGCCGGCUGCCGUCCAAACCCCGCGGUCUGUCGGACCUGUCGCUGCCCAGCGGCUCCCUGCUCGGCGCGCUGGUCAGGGCGCACGUGGAUUCCAACCCUCCACCGUCUCGCCUCGACUACUCCAAUGUAAGCAAAGAGGCCUGCUUAGAUAAGCUGUUUAAGGAGAGCCCGGGCAGUCCGGUCCGAGACGACGCCCAGCACGUCCGGCAGUUUUACGACCUGCUGACCAGGUCCAUGGAGGUCAUCCGCGGCUGGGCCCAGAGGGUCCCGGGCUUCGCCUCCCUGCCCAAACACGACCAAGACCUGCUUUUUUUCUCCGCUUUCCUGGAGCUUUUUGUACUGCGGCUAUCUUACAGGUCCCACCCGGAGCAGGGGCGGCUGGUGUUCUGCGACGGCUCGGUGUGGCACCGGCUGCAGUGCCUGCGGGGCUUCGGGGAGUGGAUCGACAGCAUCGUGGAGUUCUCCGGAAACCUGCAGCGGAUGAACCUCGACGUCUCCACUUUCUCCUGCAUAUGCACCCUCGCAUUGGUCACUGAGCGCCACGGCCUGAAGGAGCCCAAGCGCGUCCAGGAGCUCCAGAACAACGUGGUCAAGUGCUUGAAAGACGACGGAACGGCCGGCCUGGACAGGAGAGACUCGGGCCGCUGGCCGAACCACCUGUCCAGGCUCCUGGAGAAGCUUCCGGAACUCCGCACCCUGUGCAUCCAGGGCCUGCAGAGGAUUUUCUACCUGAAGCUGGAGGACCUGGUCCCUCCGCCCGCCGUCAUAGAUAAGUUAUUCCUGGACACUCUGCCGUUUUAAAGACUAAAGGACCCAAAUUGUAAAAUGCCAAUCUUCACAGUGUGACUUGAGCUGACAUUCAGGCAGAAAUUACAAAAAAAAAAAAAAGAAAAAAAGAAAUCCAUGUUUUGGCAGCUGUUGUGCACAUCUGCCUGCGGCCACAUCUGUAUGAAAACAUUUUGAUACAACACAAGUGCAUUUUUCAUGUUAAGACUGGUUUUAAUAUAUUGUGUUCAGAAAGUGAUCGCUAUUAGUAGCUAGACCCCCCCGGCCUUGUCCCCAAAGUAAAUUGUCAUUGUCCCAGUUUUAAUAAAUGAAGAAGUUAACAUUACAUUAAGUUUCCUUUCUUGGACCAUCUCUCAUGAUUAUUUGUAAUUUUGUUAAUAAUCAUUUCCCCAAAUAUUAGGAUUUUUAUAAUUAUCUAAAGCUGGCCAAAGUGUAAUUUAGAUCAGUUUCGAAAUGUGCAAAAAUCUCCCGAUAUAAUUAAAUGUUACAGUAUUCAAAAGUACAAUAUGAUG